AUGAGGUUACUCGAUCUUUCCCUGGGAUUUUGUAUUCAAGAAGUCGCCGCUUUGUCGACGUUGCUAGGAGGGGAGUUCGAUCGACGGAAGGUUGAGAUGAUGGAGACUGUUUUAGCGGAAGGUGGGGAUGUGAGGGCAUUUUCUCAAUCCCGCGACCUAUUUAAGCAGCAACUGCAUGCAAACCGCAUCAUGCACUUUGCGAGGCACCUAAUCAGUCAAAAACCCAUGCAUCCUACUCUCACAAGAAGCGUGCGCUUGAAGAUGCUGGAAGAACUUCUGCAUCUCCAGGAAUUGGCUAUCCCACUCAUCGAUACUGUAGUUUCACGGGUGUUACGUUCCAAUCCCGAAGGGGAGCUUAGCGUGGAACUCACAAAUGAGGUUGUGGAGGAAGUGAGACGCGUCGUCUAUCUGCGGCGUAGUCAAGUGUUCAUGUCCCCACAUUUGAGCCACCAACUGCGAGCUCUUGAAAAAGCAAAUCGCCGUGGCAUCCUUCUGCAAAUAAGGAAUGUCGAUGAAAUAGACACACGUCCCAAACUAACAUUUGACGAGCAGAUGGCCAAACUCAUUCACGUUGGAACGUGGAGAAAAAAGACCAUAGAAGAGACUCGAAAGGCGAUAGAGGAUGCCAAUGCCAAGAAAGAAGAAUCAGUGUACUACUUUCCCCCAAGGAGUCAGAGCGCUGCCACUGAAGGCCAGGCCCCAACAUCGCUCUUGCGGAGCAGGCUCCCAAUAGUCCAGUCAGAUGGAACUUCCCAAAACUGGAGAGGCUCUCCCAAAAGCGGAUUAUCUGGUGAGAACCAGAAAUACCUACCACGGCAUCACGAAUCCCAAGCCACGCAGAGCGCUGGUACUGAUGCCGGCCGUGCCCCAAAAACGCACUUCAGCGGCAAGCGAGCAGCUCUCGAAUUUUCCCCCCAACGGUUUCGUCCCCCACGGUUUCAACGCCAGAGCAGUUUCAUGGGAGUCACAAACAUGAAGAAGAUAAGCACAGGUGGUUUUGGAAACACUGAGGCAAGCCUCGCUCCAGAAACCCUGCCGGCAACAGGCAGAUUCAGCCAAAUGUAUACAGGUGGAAGCGAGCUAAAAGGCUAUGCCCAGCCAUAUCAGGCUCCCACUCUUGCCUAUCGUUCUGGUCAAUCACUGCCUGAGCUGGGCACAGCUCCUUCCGAACCGGGCGUUAGCCUCAAUAUACGCUGGGAUGAACGUGCCUCUCUCGGCCCUGCCUCCCCUUCUUCUCUGGACGCGAGGCUUCGACCAAAAAAGACAGGAGAUGGAAAGCCGUUGGAGCCACUAGGGCAGAGAUGGAAUGCUGCAAGACAGUCUGGCGUGGCCACAACACCAUCGUGGUCGCCAUGCCCCAGGAACUGGCCUAGCCUCCCCAUCACCCCUCAGCGACAGACACCACAUUCACACUUAACACUUGACAGGUCACAGGGAGGCACUUCCCAUCAGACAUCGCAAACGGUCGAUCGGCUGCCAUGGGUGUUCGCGUUUUUCCCUGCUCCUUCACCCUCUUCGGAUCUCUUCACAACACAACAAUCUAUGGCCUCGGCAGGUGCUGCGAUGCUCUACUCCGGGCAGCCACAGGAAAG